GACUACUCCGUGAAGAGAAGCGCAACACAAGAUGAAGAAAAGGCAGAUACGAAAGAAGACUAGUAAGAAGAACUCGACGGGCAGUUACGAGAGGGGCGAAUGUUCAAAGAAGUCGGAUAUUCCCACACCUCCUACGAAGAACAGAGGACUGUACCCUGAGACACCACUCACAAAGGGGUACAAAGGGAUCUCAGCCAGCUGCUCUCAGGAAGGGCUUAUCGACUACACGUCAUCAGUCAUAAAGCAGUAUUCGGGGAAGAAAGUCUCACAACUCAACGAGAUCAGUGAGAAACAUGGCAAUAAACCAGCAAGAAAGGAGGAUAUGGUGAUGGAACUGGUGAAGCGACAGACAGAGUUAGCCUAUGACGGCUUCUUCUCGACACCGCUGAUGAAGAAGACAAGAUCUCUGAAGAUCGAUGAAGACAUGGAGCAGGCCGACAAGACACUAACCGAACCGGUUAAGACUACGGUCACUACGAGAGGGAAGGUAAAGAUCCCAGGGACAGCAAGAGUGACACUAAGAUCGGCACCGCCUGAAGAACAAGAGCAAACGUCCGAUUGACAAUCAAUUUCCCCGACGGCC